AUGGCAGCUCCGACAACAAUGGAAGCUCCCUUGAAUGAGAUAGAGGAGGAAUCUCCUCCGUUUGCUAUUGAGGACGAAUCAUCAUCCUCGUCUGAAAAAGAACAACUUACUCCCGAAAAUCUGGUUUCUUCGCCAACCUCCAGUAUGGCGUCGUCACAGCCAAUCAUGAGUCCACUGAUGGCGACGACAUCGCAGAAUCAAUCACCAAUUAUGUUACAGCAACAACAAGAGCAACAAAUUUAUUCCUCCAAUCUGUCACAAUCGAAUUCUAGAAUACUGGAGGCAUCUGCCAGAAUUCCUACCAACACCUUACUGACGACUUCUCCUACGUUCGCCUCUAAUUUUACCAAACUUGCGCCCGACUCUUCGUUGCUGGUGUCACAGCAUCAUGGUGACAUGGGUUCUGUAAACACCAACAGCACUAGCAGCAUGAACUCCUCGAGUGGGUCUAGCUCCAGCCAGCAACUGCUUCCUCUUACAGAAUCAGAUAUUUCGCAAGAACAUCGAAUGCAGGCUUCCUCCACAAUCAUGGCAUCUUCCCUGUUUACGGUUCCCUUGAAUAGCGAGUCAACCAUGGCAAUGAGUUUGCAAAAUAGUCGACACAAUCCUGUUGCAAGUGCUGGAAUCACCACCAGCCACCAGCUGAACAAUACCAGUUCCAGUCGCGCAAUGGGAUUCUCGCAACUCAUGCAAACCGCGGAUGAUACCAAUCUGCCAGCAGUUCCAGAAGACGAAGCCAUGGAUUCCUUUGAACUAUUUCGCGCUGAGGAGGACCAGCAAGAAGGCGCUGCUCUAAUUUUGCCAGCUACUACCCACCAAAUUCCGAAUUACAGUCCACAGAACCCACCACAACAACAAGAACAAGGGAAUAAUCAAUGGUUUUUCAACUUGCUGUCUGCGGCUAAGCGACGAUCUGGUCAAGCAGUAACUACAACAAGCAACAACCAAAUCACAAUAUUGGAUGCUUCGACAUCACGGCUGAAUACACCAUUGCUGGUAACCCCAGCACCCUCAACUUUUUUUGGAGGGUUGGACCGUGCACGUGCACGAGUCAUGACAUCGUUGGAAGAUUCUCGGUCGUUUGAAGUGUGCAUGAAUUUCAGCGCCAGCAACAACCUUCAUGAACAACAGCAGCAACAACAACAAUGUACAACGGUAGAAGAUAUCAUGAACAUUGUGUCCAAUCCCAACAAUUUGCAAUUGUGGUACGAUCCCAUUCAAACACUGGUGGUGACUUCUCGCAGCAAUGAGGAUAAUGAUAUCAAUAGUGAUGGAUUGGGUAGUGGCAAUGGCAGUGCUGGCAGCAGUGGAUCCUCGGACCGUCAAUAUGAAGGUGAAUGGAUUGAAGCCUCCACAACAGCCUUGGCAAGUCCACCAUGCAUUGUGGGUCCCUUGUACGAAUUGGAAAGUACCUUGCGGGAAAGCUUGGGAGUGGGAAGUUAUGGUUUGAUUACCAUUUUUGUGGAAAAAACUCACGGGAAAGUGACCUUGACGGUGGGUCCCUUUCCUGGUGGAAUCCAUGUCCGGCAUACCAUUAGUGUUUCUGCCGACGAACGCAAUCAUGGCAGCGUCAAGAUUGUCGACCGCGUCAAACUGGAAACCAGAGAAGAAGAUGCUUCCAACUUUCAAAAUACAUUGUCAUUGGGAGGAAUGUUAAAUUCGUGUCUCUUGCCACCACUGGCAAGUUAUAUGGAACAAGUGAAGAAUAGUAUGGCCAAACUGCUACUGCUGGUGGAAAGUGGUCAAGUGUCGAGAAGUGGUGGUGGUGGAAUGGUUCCUCCAAUAACACGAUGA